AUGACGCUAAGAGAAAUCCCUACGAAAGGUUUUCCUCUAUCCGAGGAACUCCAGAAGCAACCAGUGCAACCAGGGUUCAAGCUAUCGCAACUCUCGGUGUACCUAGGAAAGGAAGAUCCUGUGAAGCAUGUACAACACUUUGUGGCAAUGGCUGUGCUGCAUGGAUGGGAUGAAGUCACUAGGUGCCAAGCCUUCCCACUCUCCUUGGCAGGACAGGCUCAACAAUGGUUCACAGACUUACCAGCUGGACAUAUCCAAUCAUUCGAACAGCUAAAAAAAGAAUUUCUAGAAGCAUUCUCUGCCUAUGUCCCGAAGAAGAAAAGCGCCAUGUAUUUAAUGAGCUUGCAACAAAGGCCCAAUGAAUCCCUAAAGCAAUACACUGAGCGGUUCAGAGUAGCCACGCAGGAAGUAAGGGACCUCCCAGUCGGUUUGACAGCCUCGACGUUGCUUAACGGAACAACGUAUGCCCCGCUCAGAAGAUCUCUAGCAUUUUCUGAGCCAGAUUCAAUGACCGAACUAUUCGCCCGGGCGGAGCAAUUUAUUGUCCAAAUGGAAAUCCUUGAAGCUUGGGAAGGAAAAAGAAAAGGGAGGCAAAAUGACGUUGGGCCAGAUCGGGCUAUAAAGGUACAAAGGAGAGAUAAGCCCCCAAAGAUGCAAUUUUGGAGCUUCACCCCCCUCACUGAGCCAAGAGCUGCAAUCCUCUCAUCCAUUGCCCACACAGGACUCGUUAACUUUCCCCCACAUUCCAACCAGCCUCUAGGCAAGAACACGGAGGCUUUUUGCAAAUUUCAUGAGUCCACGUGGCACACUACAGAGCAGUGCAGGGAGUUACGCAACCAGAUUGAACAGCUUAUCAGGGAAGGGAAGCUUGAUCGGUUUAUAUUGGAUAAGCCAAAAGAUCAACAGAAUAUGGGAGAUAGGUCUAGGAGGGAUAAUCCGAGGAGGCCCCCCCGGUCCCAAGUAUGA